AUGAUAGCGGUCGCAAAAUGGCUAUACGUUGCUGUGACGGCGUAUUUCCACAAGUUGAGGCCGGUUAGCCAUGAUUAUCCUGCUUUGGCAGCAAGGGACAAUGGUACAAACGGCAGUGUGGCGUCUCCAAUCACAUUGACUGUUGAGGAGUCGGGUGGGAAUCAGUCUAGUCCUCUGCUUUAUGGGGAAAUGGACCACUCAGGUGAUGGAGGCAUUCACGGGCAAUUGCUCCAGAAUAAUGGCUUCCAGGGGGACGAUCCCGGCUUGACUGCAUACAAAGCGAUCGGGCCCGUCGACCUCAUGCAGGACUUGAUAAACCCGGUCAGCGGUGCAAUAACGUCUUCUUUACAGGUAUCUGUAGAUUUUGAAGCAACGGGGUUUGUAGGGUUUGCCAAUACAGGAUACAGUGGGAUACCUGUGAUGAAUGCAACGUAUUCGUGCCAGUUCUGGAUGAUGGGUGAAUAUUCGGGAACGAUUAUGCUACAGCUUGCUGGAUCAACGAAUGAUACUAUUUAUGCUUCGCAUAAUAUCACCGUGAAGAGCUCAUGGGGAAAGUUCACCCAUUAUCAAACUUCUUUUAAUUCGAGCGCAGCUCCUGACGGUGACAAUGAGUGGCGCCUGCUGUUCAAUGGAUCAAAGAUGGCUGGAGGGAUGCUGAACUUCGGUCUGGUGCAGCUGUUUCCGCCUACGUAUGAGUCGAGGUCAAAUGGACUACGGAAUGAUGUUGCGACAUUUCUGGAAAAGACAGCUCCCUCUUUUCUCCGAUUCCCGGGUGGCAAUAAUCUGGAAGGACUACAGAUCGACAGCCGUUGGCAGUGGAACCUAACUGUUGGGCCCGUCGUUGAUCGUCCCGGGAGACAGGGCGACUGGUUCUACCCAAACACCGACGCGCUCGGAUUGGACGAAUAUCUCUGGUGGUGCGAAGACAUGAACAUGGAACCCGUCCUCGCCGUCUGGGACGGCAAAUCAUACGGGGGCAUUCUAUCCGGCGACGAUCUCCAGCCAUACAUCGACGACAUCAUGAAUGAGCUCGAGUACCUCCUCGGACCCUCCAACUCCACCUACGGGAGUAUGCGAGCGCAAAAUGGGCGCAGCAAACCAUGGUCCAUAAACUAUAUCGAGAUUGGGAACGAAGACGACUUUACCGGCGGAUGCGACACAUACCCAGACCGCUUCUAUCAGAUUUACAACGCCAUCAGCAACAACUACCCGAAUAUCACUCUCAUUGCAUCGAAUAUAGACUACCUCUGUCUCCCGAUUGAACCCCCACCCGGCCUGAUAUACGACUACCACUACUAUCGCAAACCGGACGACCUUGUCGCCAUGUUCGACUAUUGGGAUAACCAGCCGCGCACGCAGCCCAUCAUGGUAGGGGAAUAUGGAUGUCGGGAUACCAGUGAGGCAGACGGGAUCUUCUGGUCCUCUAUGCAAUGUAGCUGCAGUGAGGCAGCACAUAUGAUUGGUCUGGAGAGGAACUCGGAUGUGGUGAAAAUGGCUGCGUAUGCGCCACUAUUGCAGCAUUUCGGGUAUACGCAGUGGUCGCCAACGCUCUUUGGCUUCGACUCUAGUCCCGACUCGCUGACACCCUCAACGUCUUAUUAUGUUCAGCGGAUGUUUUCUACAAAUCGCGGGGAUACUAUCCUUCCUGUGAAUACAACUGCCACAUUUGGUCCGCUGUACUGGGUUGCAUCCAGGACGAAUAGCACGUAUUUUGUGAAGUUGGCUAAUUACGGCGCCCAGAACCAGACUGUACGUGUAAAGGUGCCCCAAGCGAAGACCGGGCAUGUGGAGAUGCUGUAUGGGCCGCAGAAUGCGACCAAUUUCGUGCAUAAUAUUACUGUGCAGCCGACGAUGAAGAAUGUGACUAGCUCUGUGGGGAGUUAUUCCCUGAACAUGCCGCCGUGGGGGGUUGCUGUUCUGUCGGUGUCGUGA